AUGGAAAUAGUAAACACGAUUGAUCAUUCGGUGGGAAUAAUUAAAAUUCCAUCCGACGGAAAUUGCUUAGUGGCCAGCUUGGCUCAUCAACUAGAUAAUAGCCUGACUGGGUCAACAAGUACAUACGCAUUAAGACAAAGACUAAAUAACCACUUACGAACACACAUUGAGACAUACAGCCCAUACUUACAAGAUGCGACCCUUGACCAACCCCACCGCUACGCGCACAUUAAAGACUGGGAACGUAAAACAGAGGCGUACCUAAAGGACCACGCACAAAACGGCUUCUGGCUGGGUUUGGAAACAAUAAUAGCAGCAUCGGACAUAUUUAACGUCUCAAGCGAAAUACAUCACGAACAGGGGCGUACUGACAAGAUAUCGUCGAGAGUCCUCCUAUAAGGAAAAACAAUCACCAAACGUGUCAGGGUGGCACAACUAAAAUACUGGGCACAUGCCGACCCGGAGACGGACACAGAAACUGACGAACCGGAAGUAAACCAACAAAGAUAG